AUGUCAGAGAAGAAGGUGUUAACAGCUGAUAAGGAGUUGUUCCUUCGACACGCAACCGUUCUUUACGAGACUUGGGUUGGUUUCGAGUCACUUCUUUCAUCUAUAUGGAUGCUCAACACAGAGUUGCUGGACACAUUGAUGUUAUUUACUAAAAAAGGUAUUUACGUGUUAGCUAGUAAUAGAAAAGCAGACUACUUUAACAGUGUCAGAUCAGAGGAUUUUGUUGGAGUUGUACCACCAGUGACACCUAUGUAUAGAGAUAAAUCGGACAAAGACGCAGCCAAUUUUUCGAAACUUUUGAAUUUCAUUAAAAACGAUGCUAACAACAAAGUUGGUUAUUUUGCUAAGGAUACCUUCGACUCGGAUUUCUGCAAUGAUUGGCGAAAGGUCUUCGCUGGUGUUGAAAAGGGUUUCUCAAAUUUCUUUUUCCAGGUGGAUGUUUCUAACGCUUUUGUGCAUAUUUUUGCCACGAAAGAUAGCAAAGAGAUUGAAACCUGUCGGAAUUCUGCCACCGCGUCCGUCAAUGCAUGGAGCUAUGCAAGGAAGAAAUUUAUUGAAGCCAUUGAUCAAGAAAAGAAAGUGAAGCAUUCGCGUCUUGCCAAUGAAAUCGACGCGGAAAUUGGUUCACUGAAAGUACAAGGGCAAUUGUCCAAGAACAAAACAAUUGAAACUUGCUAUAAUCCAAUAAUAAUGAGUGGUGGGAACUACUCAAUGAACUCCGACAAACUUCUUCAUUACGGUGUCAUAAUAACAUCACUCGGAGCGCGUCUAGAGAACUACUGUAGUAACAUUACUCGCACAUUGAUGGUAGAACCAUCAAAGAAUCUUGAGGAGGCCUAUGAAGCAUUGCUUGCCACUCAAGCUGCUAUCAUUGAAACAUUGAAGCCAGAUACGAAGUUGUGCGAUGUUUAUGCCAAUGGGGUGAAGGUGUUCCUUGGAAAAUGUCCCAGUCUUGGUGACAAUCUUUACAAAAGAGAUUUUGGUUUCGUUACUGGUAUUGAGUUCCGUGAAGGAAGCCUAACAAUUAGCCCAAAAUGCGAGGAAAAGGUGUGUCCUGGCAUGAUAUUUAUCGUGUCAGUUGGGAUUGAGGGUCUCACUAACACGAAAGCGAAAGAUGAUGCAGGGAAGAACGUUACGAUUGCUCUCUCAGAUACUGUUCUUGUGAACAAAGAAGGACCAAAUGAAGUGCUCACAGAAAAGGCUAAAAGUCGUUUGAAGAACAGUGUUAUUCGAUUUAAGGAAGAAGAAGAGGAUGCAAAAGAUUCAAAUAAGGAAAAUACGGAGGUGCUUGGCCGUGGGAAGCGUAGCGUGGUUCUUUCGGAUCAGACAAGAAACAAAGCCACAAAUGAAGACAAAAGAAAAGAACACCAGAAGAUGUUGGCUCAACAGUUAAACGAUGCUGCCAGGCAGCGACUCGCACAAGCCAGUGGUGCGAGUGAGGCAAAGAGGGUCAAGAAGUCUAAUGUGUCGUACAAGUCAUACGAGAAGUUCCCAAUCGAUUCGGAAGUAAAUAAGCUAAACAUUUACGUUGAUAAACGCCACGACACUAUAAUUCUACCGAUUUUUGGAAUACCUGUCCCAUUUCAUAUUUCGAUGAUAAAGAAUUGUUCUCAAUCCGUUGAGGGUGAUUUUACAUAUCUUCGUAUCAACUUUACACAUCCUGGUUCUCAGAUUGGGAAAGAAUUGGCCCAAUUUCCUAAUCCACUUGCUACUUAUCUUAAGGAACUGACAUACAGAGCUAGCAACGUAAAGGAACACGGAGAAAUUAGUGCUCCAAGUAACAAUUUGACAACCGCGUUCCGACUAAUCAAAGAAAUCCAGAAACGGUUUAGAACCGAGGAGGCUGAAGAGCGUGAAAAAGAAGGCGCUGUGAAGCAAGAUAAAUUAAUUCUAAGUACUGCGAAAGCUAACCCAAAACUCAAAGAUCUUUUCGUACGGCCAAACAUUAUUGCCAAACGUAUAUCCGGCUCACUAGAAGCGCAUAUUAACGGUUUUCGGUACACCUCUCUACGUGGUGAUCGAAUUGAUGUUCUCUACAAUAACAUUAAACACGCAUUUUUCCAACCAUGUGAUAAUGAAAUGAUUAUUUUGUUGCAUUUUCAUCUCAAACACCCGGUACUUUGGGGAAAAAAGAAGUACAAGGAUAUUCAAUUCUAUACCGAAGUCGGAGAGAUCACCACUGAUCUUGGAAAAUAUCAUCAUAUGCAGGAUCGAGAUGAUGUGCAGAGUGAGCAGAUGGAACGUGAAAUGCGAAGAAAGCUGAAUCAAACGUUCCAGAAUUUCUGUGAUAAGGUAGUCAAGCAGACAAACGACCAAUUUGAUUUUGACGCACCAUUCAGCGAGCUAGGCUUCUUAGGUGUUCCUCAUCGUUCUAGUUGCACACUGAAACCAACCUCAUCGUGCUUAGUUAACCUUACUGAAUGGCCUCCAUUCAUUGUCACCUUAGAUGAGGUGGAACUGGUGCAUUUCGAGCGGGUUUCCUUCCAGUUGAAGAACUUCGAUAUGGUAUUUAUAUUCAAGGAUUAUAAUCGUAAAACACAAAUGGUGCAGCAAAUCCCAAUGAGCAGUCUAGAUAGUGUGAAGGAGUGGCUGAAUACCAGCGAUUUGCGUUACACGGAGGGAAUUCAAUCUCUGAAUUGGCCAAAGAUCAUGAAGACAAUUACGGACGAUCCCGAAGAGUUUUUUGAGACAGGUGGCUGGAAUUUCCUCGGAGCCGACUCAGAUCAAGAAGCCGAACCAGAGGAUGAAAGCGAAUCGGAAGAUGCGUAUUCUCCAAGCGAAUCUGAAUCAGGGGAAGAUGAAACAGACGAAGAUGAAAGUGAAGAGGAUGCAACGUCGGAAGAAAGUGAUGAGGAAGCAUCUCUGGACUCUGAUGAAUCUGAAGGUAAAGACUGGUCCGAUCUUGAGGAAGAGGCAGCACGAGCCGAUAAACGACGUGAUCUGGAGGACCGCGAUGCUGGAAGUGACCGUAAGCUACAGCACCGUGAUAGGGACAGAGAUCGAAAGAGACACCAAAGCAAUAAGGGAGGACCCGCGCCGAAGCGACACAAAGACUGA